GUUUAGGGAAUUAAUUCGGGAAUCAAACAACAUUUUUUAUUCCCGGACUCACAAUUACUCACUGAAAUCCUAAUCCAGUCGUCUUCAUCGAGAAACCCUAAGCCGUCCGCUACGCCGCUUCUCCUUCUUCCCAAACUACCAUCGUACCAGCAACAUCUCUUCUAUCUCUCGCUUACUCUCUUCCGUCUCAGGUAUCCCUAUGUUACCAUAACCCUUCGUUACACACCAUUCACUGGAAACCCUAACCUUAAGUUACCUCCACCAUCGCCCCCCUCUCUUGCCCCUCUUCUACCUUCUGUUACGACGACAAACGCUAAUAGUCUCCACAACCCUAACCGUCACCACCAGCAUCCAUCAGUGUGUGUAUUACGAAGAAUGGAGUUGGUCUUUGAUGAAAACGAAGAUGAAAUCCCUCACCAUUCUUCCUGAACCCCAAUUUUUCACUUCAAGCCUCCGGCAGUGUGUGUAUAUGUGUUUGAUAAAUGAUAAAUCCUAACAUCGCGAUCAUCUUCAACUGCUCCCGAUUUUGAAUUGAAAAUCAUAACCAAUUUCACCCUGAUCUCUCUAUGUGAUUCUUAGUUCUUCAUCAUCUUUCAUCAUCAAAAUGAUUUGGAUAUUUUCGGUUUUUAUUUCAAUUUCGGGUAUGCCGGUGGCUUAGACCUUAAAAUAGAUGGCUUUCAAAAAGGAGAAAGGCCAAGCCAAGGAAAAUCGACAAUAUGAGAACAAGGGCUUUUGAUGUUGAGUAUGCUUUUAGAGAGAGCACAUCUAAAGUCAAGAUUUUUAACAAAUCUUUCCAGGAAAGAAGAGUAUCAGGCCGACAUUUUCAGCUGAGCGAAUAUAUGGAGGAUCUUUGCUGGCAAUGUGCUCAAAUGAUUUUAUAUGUUUUCAUGAUUGUGGCAAUUUCCAUUGAUUCAUCAUUCUACGUGCUAAAAUACGAUCGUGAUGUAGUAUCGGCACAUCUCGAUAGUGGAAGACCUGUAGAUGAAGAGGCCUUGGAAGUUGCUACAGACCGUGAUUAUAGAUUUGAGUUGGCCAUUCAGCUUGGUAAACUUGACAUUGCCAAGGGUGAGGGAAAGCAAAAAACAUGUUGGCAGGAUUGUGGAGUUUUUCAAAACAUCUGA